GAACUUCCGGAUGAAGCUAGUCCAUACUAUAUUUGUUAACGAUGCCCAACUGCCGCAGUGGCGCACCACCUUAAAUUCAGGGUAGCCGAGUGCUGAGUAUCUGACAGAUGCAAACAGAACAAAUUAUCGUUCUAACUCCAGUAGGUACACACCGAGGCAAAGGCGCGGCUCGUGCUAUCAGCACUAACAAGCUUCCUGUUGUGGAAUUUAAAGAUUCUGACGAGUGAAUCCCCCGCAAAACAACCGGAGACGAUCCAUUUGAGGAAAGAGCUCUGGUCUAAACGCUUGGCGGGGUUCUCUUGGCGACUACAGUGGUCACAACGGACUUGCCUCACUCACCCAACAACCCCGUGCCUGCCAAGCAGCCUCGCGCACGCGAUCUGGCGUUGUAACGUCCCUCCUGCCUUUAUGCGAUUAGGUUAUCAGUUCUGGGCAUGGUGGGUGCGGUGACGGAGCCAGUAAGUGCAUCUCGUUCUGUCAGCUGUGAGUAUGGAUCGCCGGCCCUACGGCCUCGUUUUUGCUUCGGCGUCCGUACGUGCAUCUCUUUCGUAGAUUGCAAUGAAUGAUCAUCGCAUCUACCGCCGGGUUUUGCUUAGGUCGAUGACCCUACAUAGCCGUCAGGAUGUGCUGGGGAUGGGGCUAUAGUUCCGUAGUGUUAUGGGCAAUGGGUAUAUAAGGCUGGGAAGUCAGGCCAUUGCCCGCCAUCUCUCUACUCCCAUAUCCACGAGACGUUGCUUGCUUUGUUCCGAUCCUCAAGAUACCCCGCCAUCAUGAAGCUCUCUAUCAUUGCAGCUCUGGGUGUCGCCACCUUGGUCACCAGCAGGAGCAUCAAGACCGCCAACCAUGUGGCCAUGGAGCGGUUGAUGGACAUGAAGGUGUCGUCCCGUGAGAAGCUCCGCAACGACGGGUACUUCGCGGCUGGGAAGUGGAAGUCCACCAAGAAGGUGCAGGCCUGUACCAAUGGCAAGGCUGGCGAGUACAGUUGUAACGGCGUGGACCUACAGGCCUUUGCGAGCCACGAAGACUUGGGAAGCAAGACGAAGGAAGGCAAUGAUAUCUGGGGCUGGACAUCAGACGAUGGCCGUGAGUUUGCUGCCGUUGGGCAGACCGACGGAACCGCCUUUGUGGAGGUCACCAAGGAUGGCCAGAUCAAGUACUUGGGCAGACUCCCCACCCAGACAGCGAAUAGCAUUUGGCGUGACAUGAAGGUCGUUGAUGGAUAUGUCUACAUUGGAUCUGAAGCUCCAGGGCACGGCCUGCAAGUCUUUGACCUUCGUAAACUUCUAACGGUCACCAAGCCGACAGUCUUUGAUAUCAAGAAGGAUCUCACGGCGUGGUUCCAGGGCUUCGGCAGCUCCCACAACAUCGUUUCGCACGAGGAGGCCAACAUGAUCUACGCUGUCGGUACUGGACGUAACACGUCAUGCAAGGGUGGCCUCUUCAUGGUCGAUGUCUCAGACCCUGCGAACCCCACAUCGCCCGGCUGCGCGAGCGAAGACGGAUACGUGCAUGAUGCUCAAUGCGUCAUCUACAAGGGCCCAGACUCCCAGUACAAUGGAAAGGAGGUUUGCUUCAACUACAACGAAGACACCCUCACCAUCGUGGACGUGACCGACAAGUCCGCCCCUAAGCAGAUCUCUAAGACUCCAUACUCGGGCUCCUCCUACACCCACCAGGGCUGGAUCAUCGAUCCAGAGAACAUGGCGUACCUCCUCCUCGACGACGAGCUCGAUGAGAUGGACAAGACCGGUGCGGCCGCAAACGGCCACACCACGACGUACAUCUUCGACGUCAGCACCCUCGCCAAGCCAGCCUACAAGGGACUUUACCAGUCGCCAGUCAAGUCUAUCGACCACAACCAGUACAUUAUCGAUGGUCUGUCUUACCAAUCUAACUACGGCUCCGGACUGCGCAUCGUCGAUGUUAGUUCCGUUACUCAGGACCCUACCGGCAAGGGAUUCAAGGAGGUGGGCUUCUUUGAUUGCCACCCUGAGGAUGAUGCGGUUGGUGGUGAAGUCGAGUUCUUUGGCUCGUGGAGCGUGUACCCAUACUUCAAGAGCGGAUAUAUCCUGUUGAACAGCAUUGAGAGGGGUCUGUACUCGCUGAAGCGCAGUGCAUAAAUUAGGCUAUGUAGGUUUGGGGUGUUGUGGAGGUUAUGAGGAAGGGGUGAGCUAUGUUUGUUUACAUAUUGGAAAAAGGCCCUGUCUAUGAAUAUCUACGAUAUAUGAUUGAAUAUACAAUUACUUCAUGUAUUAUAGUGGACUACAUUUAUGCAGACUUCAUGUGUCUUCACGUGAUCCAACAGCGAGU